UCAGCCCAUAUAAUAGAACAAACAUGCAUGCAUUUCUUCAAACUGUUCUAUAAGAUAAGAUAAGCAACUAACCUUAGCAUUCGAAAAAUGGGGUGUGCCUCCUCCAAGGGUAUCGACGCCACAGCAGCGGUGUACCGCCCACCUCCGACGAGCUUCGCGGUGUUCGACAUCAACUCCAUCGAGGAGCCAUGGCUGAAACACCUCAACAACACCGCCACCGACCCACUUCACACCCAAGACACAAAACAACCCUCACUCCCUGCCCCUAUCCUCCACCUCCUGGAAAAAGCCACCGAAGCCCCUCAAUCCUGGGACGAAGUUAGCAAGGUCCUCCAUGACCUCAAACCCAUCGUUGAACAACCACCACAACCACCGCAAUCGCAACCACAACCACCCUCCACACCACCACCACAGAACCAAUCUCAACCCUUACGCAAGAAUGCCUCCUUCCACACACUGGAAGAGUUAGACGCGAAAUCAACCCCGAACGCUAAACCAGAGUUGAAGAAAUCACCAAUUGAGACAAGCAAGAAGAACAGUGAGGUUGAAGAAGAGAAUCGAAUCAAAUUGAUCAAAACCUCGAGCAAAUUGAAGGACAACAUCUUCAUAAAGAGAGACAUGGAAGAGCGGAAGAAGGAAGAGAGCGAAUCGGUUUACGAGAGGCUUCGGCGGGACCCGCUGAGCCAGUUCCCGGAGAAAUCCCCGCCGGGAGGCGCCGACGCGGUGGUGAUUUACACGACGUCGUUGCGUGGAGUGAGGAAGACGUUCGAGGAUUGCAACCGGGCGAGGGAGGUGCUGGAGGGGCAUAGAGUGGUGGUGGACGAGCGUGACGUGGCGCUCCACUCCGGGUUUCUGAAAGAGGUGAAGGAGCUGCUGGCGGAGGAGGUGGUGGUGGCGGUGGCGCCGCUGCCGAGGGUGUUUGUGAAGGGGAGGUAUUUGGGCGGGUUGGAGGAGUUGGUGGAGCUGAAUGAGUCGGGUCGGUUGGGUCGGAUCUUGAAUGCGACACGUGUGGAGAGAGGGGUAGGGAGAUAUGGUUGUGAUGGGUGUGGUGGGGCCAGGUUUGUGCCUUGUUUGGAUUGUGGUGGAAGUUGCAAGUUGGUGUUGAGUGAUGUGAAUCAGAUUGAGAGGUGUCCUAAGUGUAAUGAGAAUGGGUUAGUGCAUUGCCCUGCUUGUGCUUAAGUUUGAUAUUUCAAUCAAUCAAAUUGUGUGUUACAUCUCCAUAGACCAUAGUAUAGUGCUUUUUUGUUAAAAAAAUUGUAAUAUGAACUCAUAGUUGUUUAUUAUCUACUUCUGUAUAAUAAGGUCCUGAAAUUGUAUUUAAUUAAGGAUUAUGGAUUAUUCACUCA